GGUACAAAGACGGCACUGCGACUAAAGUUUCAGAAAAGUUAAUAAUCUAGUUAGUUAUUCCAGUCUGUAAAUGUUCUUGCUAGUGUAGAAUUUGUGCACUAUACCAUCGUGGUUUGUUUGCUAGUGUUUAAAAGUGCGUUAAGUUGAUUUCUCUCGAGAAAAGUGACCCGAAAAGGUUGAAUUCCUAUUUCGAAUUCACCGUUGAUCCUGUUUACACUAGUGCAUCAAAAUGAACAGAAAAAUCAAGCUAAAAUUUAGAAACAAUAUUUUUCCUGCAACACAAUGACUUGGUUUGAGAGUGAUCGAUUCAUUCAUAAAGCGGCUGUCUUCAAAUCGGUAGUGCUCGGUCUUCAGUGUCCCCAGCAGCAGCAGCACCAGCAGUAUACUACCGUUAUCCUUUACCCUGGUAAAGCGUUUUAAGUCUCAAAAAAUAGGACACUGUCAGCAAAAAUUCUGCACCAGUGUGUGCGUGUUUGCGGUAAGAGAAGCUGCAGAAGUUUAGUGAGCAAAUUAUCCGACGCAAAUCGAUUAAUAAAGUAAAUAAAAUACGCGAAAUAGUAACAAAUUCAGUGGAAGAAAGUGAGACAAAGAAGACUGCUUGUGAUUACAGUGCAAAAGCCGUGUAGAACGCAGAAGAUAAAUUCGAGCAGAUUUUCCAAUCUGCCAGUGGUGGUUUGCUUGUUUCGCCUGACGGCAAGCAGAAAGAAACGAAAAGGUCAGACAGACCCAACGGAGGCGGUCUGCCGAGGAGAGGAAGGCGAUUAAAUUGGAUUUGCUUUCAAAAUGAGCCGUCUUUCGACGCAGAAAAAGGAAGGCAAAAUGCGGAUUCGGGCUUUCCCGAUGACUAUGGACGAGAAAUACGUGGAGUCCAUCUGGUCACUGCUGAAGAAUGCAAUACAGGAGAUCCAAAAGAAGAACAACUCGGGCCUGUCAUUCGAAGAGCUGUACCGGAAUGCGUACACCAUGGUGUUGCACAAACACGGUGAGCGGCUGUACACGGGCCUGAAGGAUGUGGUGACAUUGCACCUGGAGACAAAGGUCCGAGAGGAAGUGCUGCGUAGUUUCAACUGUAAUUUUCUGCAGACGCUCAAUCAGGCUUGGAACGAUCACCAGACGUCGAUGGUGAUGAUCCGAGAUAUUCUAAUGUACAUGGACCGGGUAUACGUGCAGCAGAAUGAUGUUGACAACGUGUAUAAUUUAGGAUUGAUUAUAUUCCGAGAUCAGGUUGUUCGAUAUGGACGCAUUCGAGAUCAUAUGCGCGAAACUCUACUUAGCAUGGUGAUGUGCGAGCGAAAAGGUGAGGCUAUAGAUCACAUCGCUAUUAAAAAUGCUUGCCAAAUGCUAAUGGUACUCGGUAUCAACAAUCGUUGGGUUUAUGAGGAAGAUUUCGAGCGGCCGUUCCUUACGCAGUCGGCAUCUUUCUAUAAGCUCGAAUCUCAGAAGUUCCUUUCGGAAAACAGUGCCAGCGUGUACAUCCGCCGUGUUGAGGCUCGUAUCACGGAAGAGGCGGAACGUGCUAAACUGUAUCUGGACGAAAGUACCGAGUGUCGUAUUGUUGAAGUUGUUGAAGAUGAGCUGAUAAAGAAGCACAUGCGCACGAUUGUUGAGAUGGAGAACUCCGGUGUAGUUUACAUGCUGAAAAAUACCAAGACAGAGGACUUGGCUUGUAUGUACAAAUUGUUCUCCCGAGUGAACGGCGGUUUGAAGACGAUCGCCGACUGUGUUUCGCAGCAUUUGCGUUCGAUGGGAAAAAAUCUGGUGAAAGAGGAAGAGAGCGGCACCAAUCCGAUCACGUUCGUUCAGAACCUGUUGGAUCUGAAGGAUCGUUUCGAUCAUUUCUUGCACCACUCGUUCAACAAUGAUAAGAUCUUCAAGAACAUGAUCUCGUCCGAUUUUGAACAUUUCCUGAACUUGAACAGUAAGUCACCGGAAUAUUUGUCACUGUUUAUCGACGAUAAGCUAAAGAAAGGAUGUAAAGGGAUGUCAGAACAAGAGAUUGAAACCAUACUGGACAAAACUAUGGUACUAUUCAGAUAUUUAUUGGAAAAGGACGUGUUUGAACGAUAUUAUAAGGCACAUCUAGCGAAGCGUCUGCUGCUGAACAAGUCUGUGAGCGACGAUUCGGAGAAGAAUAUGAUAUCGAAAUUAAAGACUGAAUGCGGUUGUCAAUUUACCUCAAAAUUGGAAGGCAUGUUCAAGGAUAUGUCCGUAUCGAACACCGUAAUGGAGGAAUUCAAAAAUCACAUCAGUAACGAUCCAUCUGCUCUGGACGGUGUAGAAUUGUCGGUUCGAAUUCUUACGACCGGAUUUUGGCCAACACAGUCGGCAACGCCGAACUGCAACAUCCCGCAGGCACCAAGGAGAGCAUUCGAAACAUUCAAGCGUUUCUAUUUAGCGAAGCAUUCAGGCCGGCAACUAACUUUACAGCCACAGUUAGGCACAGUGUAUAUGAACGCUGAAUUCUAUGGCGUCAAAGCCGACAAAGAAAGUGCAGAUGGGGCAUGUAGUAGUACAGCUGUAGCCUCUGGGUCGACGGGACCUCCGUUAGCACUCGGUGCACCCAGAAAGCACGUCCUGCAACUUUCAACCUAUCAGAUGUGUGUCCUGAUGCUGUUUAAUAAUCGCGAAAGGUUAAGUUAUGACGAAAUUCAGCAGGAAACUGACAUCCCCGGAAAGGAUCUGAUUCGGGCACUGCAGUCGCUGUCCAUGGGCAAACAGCAGCAACGGUUGCUGGUGCGAACGCCCAAAUCGAAGGACAUCGAACCGACGAACAUGUUCUACGUGAACGAUGCUUUCGUCUCCAAAUUCCACAAAGUCAAAAUCCAAACGGUAGCCGCCAAGGGUGAAUCGGAGCCAGAAAGGAAAGAAACUCGAAGCAAGGUAGACGAGGAUCGAAAACACGAAAUAGAAGCCGCUAUAGUGAGGAUCAUGAAGGCUCGAAAGAAGAUGGCGCAUAACCUGCUGGUAUCAGAUGUGACCACUCAGUUGAAGAGCCGGUUUAUGCCCUCACCGGUGAUUAUCAAGAAGAGAAUAGAGGGUCUUAUCGAGCGCGAGUAUUUGGCGCGAACGCCCGAGGAUAGGAAAGUUUAUGUGUAUUUAGCUUAAAAUGGCUAACUAGUGAUGUAAAACUAUUGGAAAGAAGAGAACCAUGCGUUGGGCAUGGACCUACAUACCGACACUCACCCCUUCACACAAACAGACAAACACACGUUACAUAAACGAAAAUAAGCACGCGCGCGUACACUCGCAUUCUUAUACAAGUUGACGCCGACAUUGCACGGAUUAUAAUGGAAGCGAAUAUACAUUGUAACACUCAAACAAUGAAAGUUAACUGAUGAAUGCCUGUGAGCUCCGCAAAAAUCUGUUGCAUUCGCGAAAAAUCUCUCUACUAGAUUCGAUUCCUUUUCCUGAACAGACCACAAAAAAAUUAACUCCAUCCUAUUCGAUUCGCUUGAAAUGUAUUUUUGCGCAUACUGAUCCAUAGAAAUAUACGCUAUCGCUUCGCCGCUGUCGCUUAACAAAGAAUCCCGAAGUGGUUUCUGCUCCAGAAGCAUCGUAGUUUGGCGUGAUUUGUAAGACACACCUGUCUCGGAAUCAAUGUAUGCAAUUACAUCAAUCUUUGUACAAAGAAAUAAACAAAUUUGCUGCCCUGUUUUUUUGCGCAUACAUUCUUCAGUUUACCCUUGAUGCUGAAGCAGUUUCUGUCGGUUUAAAUUUCACACCUAUAGCUAAACAUCUGCGCACGACAUGCGAUCCCACAACUAGCAUUAGGUCUGAUAGCGCAGAUAUACAAAAUUUCCAAUGCAACAGUGAAGGGAAUUAUAACAGUGCGGUAAUAUUUUUUGCGAGGGACAGAAGCGAAGGAAAAAGAGGAAGCAUAUUAUAUAGUAAUUAAAGUAAAUUAAUUAUUAAAUUUGAGAAUAUGGAAACUCCUAUUAAUAAAAAUAGAGAUCAG